ACAGCGGCGUAGAGACAGACAGAGUGAGGGAGGGCACCUUGUGUUCAUCAGAGUUUUAUCGUUGUCUAAGUUUAGAUCUUGGCUCACAGACGGCUUCUCAAGUAACAAGGCUGCAGGCUCACUUCUGCGACUCCACAUUGAGACAGAAACAGAGCUCAAGGCAGAGCUUUAAAGGGAGAUGAGAAAAGGCACAAGAAAGUGGCAAGUCAAAGGGAAAUAAGAGAGGAAGAAGAUACUGUCAAAUACAGUAAUGAGACAUUUCAAACAGGAGACACAGAUGUAGAGAGAGGAAGGGCACAAAUCGGACUAUUCUGUGUGGAAAGAAUUCUUCACUACAUCAGUUUAUCUCUGCUGUUUUUACCUGCUGGGACUGGACGAUGACAGAGGAAGCAGAGGUGGCAGAAGACCUCACACCAACCUCAGAGUCAGAGCAACAGGCUCCUCAUUUUCUGCAAGAUGUCAUCUUCCAUGGCAAGUUUAAGCUGCUGAAGGCUCUCACCCCACAGGAGAACUGCCACUCCCAGCAUGGCCUCUUCUUUCAGGAUGGUCAGCGACACGUCGACUACGUCCUCACGUACCCUGUGAAGAAGCCCUCGGGGGGCCGCUCCAUCCGAUCAUCAGCUCACCUUCUCACCAAAAAUGCUGUAGCUCGCAGCCUACGCCGCGGCCCCAAGCGACUUGAAGAACAUCUCAAAAAUCACCAAGCACAAAAACCGAGGGACUCACCAGCAGCAGAUGUGGAGCUAGGCCUUCAUGGAGAGACCCUCAGCAGCCAGGAGGACCACAAGAUGUUCAGGAGAGAGGAGUUUGAGGGGAAACUGAGAGACAUGGGCCUGGAGCUGGAGAAAGAUGAGGAUGCCAAGAUUCCAGGAGUCUGCUUUGUGAAGAUUCACGCUCCCUGGAACGUUCUCUGUCGAGAGGCAGAGUUAAUGAAGCUAAAGAUGCCCACAAAGAAGGUGUAUGAAGUGAAGCAGUCAGGAAGCGUUAUGGAGAAGAUUGGCUCUCUGGUCAGUAAAGUUCUGGAGCCCCUCCACCCUCAAGUGGAAGACCAUCAAUCUAGAAACUUCAAACAUCUGUCACACACGUUCUCCAGAGAAAAAAAGCACUUGUUUGACCUCUCAGACAAAGAUUACUUCUUCGAUAGCAGAACGAGGAGUUCAAUGGUUUAUGAAAUACUUAAAAGAACAAAAUGCAAAGCCAAGUACAGCAUGGGAAUAACCAGUCUGCUGGGCAGUGGUGUUUAUACAGCAGCUUACCCUCUUCAUGAUGGAGACAUUAUUGAAGAGAGUGCAGAGUCCAAUGACAGAAAGCUUUUAUAUGAAGAGUGGGCAAACUACAGUGUCUUCUACAAGUACCAGCCCAUAGGACUUGUCCGGAAGUACUUCGGUGAAAAGAUUGGCUUGUACUUUGCUUGGUUGGGUCUGUACACCCAGAUGCUGAUUCCUGCCUCUCUGGUGGGGGUCAUCGUCUUUUUGUAUGGAUGUGCAUCGGUUGAUGACAACAUACCAAGCAUGGAAAUCUGCCACCCGAAGAACAACAUAACCAUGUGUCCUCUGUGUGACCGGGUGUGCAGCUACUGGAAACUCAGUACUGCCUGUGGGACUGCCCGGGCCAGUCAUCUAUUCGACAACCCUGCCACUGUUUUCUUCUCGAUAUUCAUGGCGCUCUGGGCUGCCAUGUUCAUGGAGCACUGGAAGAGGAGGCAGAUGAGACUGAACCAUGAAUGGGACCUGACUGGGUUUGAAGAUGAAGAGGAAGCUCUCAAGGACCACCCCAGGGCUGAAUAUGAAUUCAGGGUCAUGCAGAAGUCUCUCAGCAAAGAUAAGAAAUCACGGCACAAGAGGGAAAAGCUCACAUGUCAAGACCGCCUCCCUGCCUACAUGACAAACAUUGUCAUGAUGCUUUUAAUGAUUGGUGUGACAUUUGCCAUCGUGUUCGGUGUGAUCCUCUUCCGAAUAUCCACCAAAGCCGCCCUCCAUUUGAGCUCCAAUCCGACCACACGGAACCACGUGCAACUAACGGUUAAAACCACGGCGGCCAUUAUCAACCUGGUGGUCAUCCUAAUUCUGGAUGAGGUGUACGGUGCUGUGGCACGAUGGCUCACUGUAUUAGAGGUUCCUAAAACUGACAAGAGUUUUGAGGAAAGACUCAUCUUCAAGACUUUUAUCCUCAAGUUUUUCAAUGCCUUCACCCCCAUCAUCUACAUAGCUUUCUUCAGGGGAAGACUGGUGGGCAGACCAGGAAGCUACUUAUAUGUGUUUGAAUCCUACAGAAUGGAAGAGUGUGCCCAUGGUGGCUGUCUGAUGGAGCUGUGUAUCCAACUGAGUAUCACCAUGUUGGGAAAGCAGCUGAUUCAGAACAACCUUUUUGAGAUUGGGAUACCCAAGCUAAAGAAGCUGAUUCGUUACAUCCGGUCAAAGCGAGGGGCUUUUCAGGAAGAGGAAAGACAGAAGAGGCUGCAGAGAUACGAAGCCGACCACUUCCUGGAACCAUUUGCUGGAUUAACACCGGAGUAUAUGGAAAUGAUCAUCCAGUUUGGUUUUGUCACAUUGUUUGUGGCAUCCUUCCCUCUGGCUCCACUCUUUGCUCUGCUCAACAACAUCAUUGAAAUACGACUGGAUGCCAAGAAAUUUGUUGCAGAGUUGAGAAGACCAGUAGCAGCAAGAGCCAAAGACAUUGGUAUAUGGUACAACAUCCUCAGAGGGGUAGCAAAGGUGGCCGUCAUCAUCAAUGCAUUUGUCAUCUCCUUCACCUCAGACUUCAUCCCUCGGAUGGUCUACCAGUACAUGUACAGCCCUGAUGGCUCCAUGCAUGGAUUUGUCAACCAUACGCUGUCCUAUUUUAAUGUCAGCCACUUCCAGGAAGGCAAAGAAACCAUGGAUCCAAUGCACCUUGGGUAUCCCGUAGAGAUCUGCAGGUAUAAGGACUACAGAGAACCUCCUUGGUCCACCACUCCAUAUGAGAUCUCCAAGGAAUUCUGGGCCGUGCUGGCUGUGCGACUGGCCUUUGUCAUUGUUUUCCAGAACGUUGUGAUGCUGAUGAGCGACGUUGUGGACUGGCUUAUUCCCGACAUCCCUAAAGACAUCAGCCUUCAGAUCCAUAAGGAGAAGAUUUUACUGGUGGACCUCUUCAUGAAAGAGGAGCAAGGCAAAAUCCACAACAACCUGGAGAGCAAGGCCUCAACAGAGGGCAAAGAGAACUGCAGCAGCAGUAGCAACAACAACAACAACAACAGCAGCACAACUGUCCACCAGCGCUCCGGACUGCACAACAACAGCACGAAAAGCCUCUAAUGCGAGUCACCAAGAAUUCUUAGUUCAGUCUUAGUUAGUGUUUCAGUUAGAUUCUGUGGUUUUGUUCUUGUUCAGAUCAUUCCGACAAUUGGGAGAGCAGCUGUCUGUUAACAUGUGAAGAAAGUGAAUGUAUGAGGUCAAAUACGUUACCAGUGUGUGUGGAGAGUUGUCUUGAUGUACCUCUUUCUGCAUACUCUCUAUGAAUGUGCACAGGAAUCUUUAUGUGUACACAAAUGUAUAAAUGGGCACACACAUUUCAGAUUAGUAGAGUAAUGCAUGCUCAAACCUCUUUAUAUGCAUAAUGAUUUGUACAUUGUAUAAGAAUCUGAAGAUGUAUACUCAAAAAAACUCAGCGUAAACUGCUUUUUAUUCGAGAGUUCAAAGUGCAAAAGUAAUAUUUACUCAGUUGCAAAAUCUGAAUUUCUCUGUGUACUAGUCUACAUAAUUCAGUAGAGGAGUGCUAAAGAACUUUUUUUUCUGUUUCUGAACAUACAGUAUUUUUUUUUUGUUGAAGGCAGUUUUGAAACUGGAAGUUUGUGUUUCAGCUUGUAUGAGGCUACGUAAAGUCACAAGACGUUGUUGUAUUACUGCUUUUCUAUGUUGUGUUCUGAGCUGAAAACUCUGGUAAAGAUAUGAUAUGCAUCUUUAAA